UCGUGUGUGCUCUCACAAAUUCGGGUAUUGACUACCGUGGGAGGUGGAACAUCCAGCCGUAAAGGGACUUUUCGGAGCCAGGAAUUUGCAGAACCUUCGAGUUCUGUCCACCUGUUAGGAAUGUACUUCAGGAGAAACAAUAUGUCGGCUUUGCUGCUUUUCGUUCUUCUUCCUUUGAUCUUUGUGAACAAUGUGAUGUCUGCUUCUCAUUACCCUCAUGUUCUUCGAGCAAUUGGCAGCACGUCAUCUGAUGUGGACAUAGAAUGCAAUAGCAACAAUAUCAAGGUCACGAUAUCAACACCGGAUGAUUUCAAUGGAAUGAUUUAUCCAAAAGGACUCUCGAGAAAUUCCUCUUGUAUGACUGAAUACGAACAUGCUGGAUCGACCGUCAGCUACAAGUUGCCUCUAAGAUCAUGCAACACAAUGAGCCAAGAUACGGGUGAAGGUGUUGAAUAUUUUAACACUGUUGUCAUUCAGCCCCAUCACAAGUUAGUGACAAGUUUAGGAAAAGGAUUUCAUGUGCGUUGUCGAUACCAGACUAGGAAUAAAGCCAUUCUUUCUGAUGUGAAUGUCAAACCUAUUGGUGCUACUCCCUUUAAAGCGUCUGUUCCACUGCCAAACUGUAUGAUGAAAAUUUUCAUUGGACGCCCGAAUGAGCAUAAAGUGGCCGAUUAUGUGAAGAUUGGAGACUAUCUCACGAUUGUUAUAAGCAUUGACGAACAAGAUGUCUUUGGUAUGAAAGUCACAAAUUGUAUUGUUAAAGAUGGGCUUAGCUGGUCUGAACAGCCAUUGAUUAAUAAUGAAGGCUGCCCUAUUGAUGAAGAGAUCAUGGGAGCUUUUGAAUAUUCCAAAGAUCUGACAAGUGCUCAUGUAACCUAUCCAGCCCAUAAAUUCCCUUUCACAUCAUCGGUUUACUACCAGUGCAAUGUGAAACUCUGUACAAAGAAAUAUGGAGGAUGUGAUGAUGUGCCACCUGUUUGUGAUGCCACUGGACAUAAUUUACUUCGCCGUCGUCGUAAGCGUCAAAACGAACUUGAAGAACAGGGUAACUUGGACCUCUUACGUGAAUUAGACGAAGAUAAAAAGGAUCGUAGUGUAGAAGUCUUUUCUGGGCUGUACGUUAAUGAGGCUGAUGAAAUCGAUGACGACUUAGAAAAUCCAUCCUUAUUUCCUGCAAAAUCUGAUGAUGAGUUCUGCGUUUCGACUAGAAAGUUUGCAAUCGGGAUUGCCAUUGCUGGUGUGCUUUUGUGCCUGGCUGUCAUACUUCUUGUUGCUUGCAUCGUUCAUCGCCGUCGUAGGAGGAAGGGAACAUCCACUGCUGGUUCUUCCAUCUAUUCAGGGCCCUACUCCAACCAUGCUUAUAGCCGAGAUUAAACUGUGAUACUGUCUGCAGGCCGGGCAUGUGAUAGUGCUGAAUUUAUUUAGAGGAAAAUCUUGCCUUCACCUCGUGUCUGUUUAGUGCGUCGCAUUAAAAUGAGCUUUGCGAAUCAAAAAACAGCCACAAUAAGAUUCUUUGGGGACAGGAGCUUAUUUUUGCAAUUUGAUAUUGUAAAAAUAAUUUGGUGUUGUUUGUAUUGUGUUUUUAAUGUUAACAAUGUCUUUCUGAUAUGUGUCAAUUCCUUUUUGGUAUAAUUGACUCCUUUUAUACAUGGUUUUUAAUGUAACGUUCAGGAUAAUUUGACUAUCAUUUAAUUUAUUAUUCAGUAAGAGAUUAAGAUUUUUUUGUCAUUUGUUAUUGUCAACGUGAGUAGAGACGUGCUAUGGUUUGUCUUAGGAGCAAUUCCAGGGUAACAGGUGUAUCAGUUGCUGCACAAAAAAAAAACACCCUACAAAGACUCUAAAUAUGUUAGAUAUUUGUUUCAUGGCAUGAAGUUGGAUAAAGAAGUGAAACCCUUGUUUUAAGGCAUGAAGUUGGAUGAAAAAAUUAAAUCCUUGUUUCUUGACAUUGUAGGUUGUUUAACGCAACACUUGAUAUGCCUAUUAAAAUGGAAUUGUCCUUUAAUAACAAGAAUAUCAAAUCCAAGUCACUUUUAUAACGAUACUGCCAACAAAGAUUUGUUUUUGAUACGAAUUAGAUUGAUUAGUGAAUGUGUUUCAGAGGACGAACUAGCACCACUUUCCUAAGAAAUAUAUUGCCGAGUUGUGAACAAAUUAUACUCAAUUGAAAACUGCCUGCUGGUUAGAAAAUUAUCGUGAUGAAGAGUGCAUCUGUUUCGAUACAAUUUAAAUUAUAUAUUUUAUGUUUCAACUUUUUAAUAAAUGGACUAUAUUUAACUUACCGGCGGUUUUGCACGUCUUAUCACGCCGUAGCAAGAUCACGUCGCUAGCGUUUUACACGUAUUUUUCUGACACUAAAUUUUCGUUGUCAAACGGUCCAAGGCGUAGAAUCCUGCGUUUCCUUUCCCCUCUCCUGAGAGCGGCACCCCGGAGCGCAGGGGCCCACCUUCUGUAUUCACACAUGCAAACAAUACCCUUUCAUCAGGUUGGGGUUUCAAGGUUCAGUGCAUCCUUCUUAUCAACGCAAAGAUUUCUAAGCAAAUCUCCUUGCUAUUGUAAGCAUCUGCUAAAAGCAAAACUUGAUUCCAAGAAUGAAAUAUCCACUUCUCUUUCUUCUAAGCUUAAAAUUUCAUUUAGUUAAUGAUUGUGCUGUAAAUGGAUGCAACAUAAUUUAAUCGACGACAAUGACAUUCAAUUACAUUUCAAAUAAAUUAAUAAAUAAAAGCCGUGAGAUUUCAAAUUGAACGAAAACAAACUAAGUAUCCUUUUGGAAAUAAAUUUAUAGCUACGGCUUUAUUCGCUACUAACAUAUAAUUUAGGAACUUUAACUGUUAUAAAAUCACAAUGCUGUAAAAAAAACCAAAAAGUACACGUAAAAGUUCAAUUUUCAACUUUUAUGUGCACUUACGUCGCGUUUUACGCACAUUUAGGCAGAUGUUGUACUCAAAACACAUUAUAAAAAAUAGAAAAAAAAGGGAUAUUUUUUCAAAUUUAUUUAAUCUAACUGAUUGGCCUUGGGUUUUGGUCGCAAAUUUCAAUUAUUAAUAUCAGAAACAUUUUAAAUUCACCGAUUCUGUCUAAUACUUCAGCUUAUAAUUAUUUUAAUCACAAAGACAAACAAACAUUUAUCUCUUAGCAUACAAUUUCAAUUCUGUAUAAGUAAAAAAAAAACUAAAUAAACAAUAUAUAGUAAGAGCAAAAAUUUUGCACAACACCAGGCAGCUAUUGUGUUAACAUUUAUACAAAAAAAAAAAAAAAAAAACUUCAGUUGUUAGCAAAGAACAAUAAUAUUUUUUUUAUUGUUAUUAAAAAUGGAAAAGUAUAUGAAAAUGAAUAGUUUUCAAAAAAAAAAAAAAAAAAAUCAAAAAUUGAAUCGUUUGUAGCUUUUUCUUUUCAAUAAAAAAUAAAGAGCCUCGGAAUUUUUUUCAUUGAGAGGGGGAAGAAAUUCAGAAGAAUGGGACCUGACUCUUAGUAAAGGAAAUUUCUAUGGAGUUGCUUAAGAUCUACAGUAUUUUGUAGGAAGAUGGAAAGGGUUAAGUGAGAAUUUAUAACUAUUCUUUUAUGUAAAAAAAGGAAUAAUAAUAAAUAGAGAAAAAUAAAUAAAGGUUUAAACCGUUUUAUAAUUAAAAUAAAACUUCAGCAGAGCUUAACUAUUUGUACUUUAUUAAGCGACAAAUCCAGAAUUUUCAUUGACCUCAAUUUGCCCAAAGCCUGAUAUUUAUCUCAAAUCACUAUUUAAUCUGUGCGAUUGCUUGAUACAAGUCAUAUGAUCUUUCAAUUCCUUGGAACAACUUAAGCAAAAAUAAUUAUAAAACCUUGAUUUUUAUAGAAAAAUCAUAAUUCAUGCUUCAUACUAAUUAAUAACCCUUUUACGGGGAUGAAAAUUCGUAAAAUUAUUUUAACAACUUUUUUGCUGCGACUUUUUUUUUUACCACUAUAAUUUAAAAGUAUUUCGUUGUUUACUAUUUUUUGCUUUAAUUGUGUUUUCAUAACUUUGAUUUGAUACCUAGUUCGGUCACUUAGGUCUUAACUACUAGCAGGGGCAUUCCGAAAUAAAAUGAGAGGGGGGAGGGGGGAAGGGUGGAUUCUCAAAUUUUCGAAUGAAGUUCUACUUUUUCCAAAUGAUAAACAUGAGCAUACACAUUAUAUCAUACUUACAUAACAUCUAAUGAGAAGCAACAUUAUGCAUCAUUAAAAACAAUUUUUAAAAAUUGAAAGAAGAAUCUCAAUGUUGCAAUAGUGUUUUCACAUUUUUCAAAUGAGAAUUUUUUGGGGAGGUUACACUGUCCUUCUGAGCCUCUCAUCGAGGCGCCCCAUACUAGAUCCCAUGUGAUUGUCAGUGUUUCUUUAAUAAUAGCUUUGUUAAAUACGCCAUAAUUCAGUGAAUGUUGGAUUUAGUAUUUGUUUUCCGAUUUUCAAACGGGAUCCUAGACAGUCCCGAUUUUCAUUCAAAAAUCCAGUGUCCCGGCCAGUUUACUUCACGUCUCGGUAAAAUAUAAGUUUCAUUACAGAUGACCAAAAAAAUAUAAAAAUAAUUAACCGUGAAGGAUUAUUUAAAAUAAUAAAUUUUUCAUUUCUGUACCUCGUAGCCAGACUGACGUAAGUCCAAAAAUUUGAAUUUUCUGUUUAUUACUGCUAGGGUUCGCCGAUAUAUAUCCGAUAUUUGUUCUGAAAAUGUCAUGAUAUUUUGAUAUUUUCGAUAUUUAUUUUUCCAACUACGGUAUUUUCAGUAUAAAAAUUAUAUUAAUCAUAGUAAUAUAGCUCAUUUAUUAUUAAAAAUACCUAAAAAGUUAUGCACUAUAGUUUUAUGAUGUAUUAUUACACAUUAAUAUAACAAAAUAAUGUAUUUUUUUUAUUCAUAAAAUUAUUAGUAAUGUAACAAUUUUAAUGCAUAUUAAAAGUACCUAAUUAAAUGUUAACCAUUGGUUGGAACAAAAGAAAAUGUCUUAUGACUGUGCCCCUGACUGUUGCAUAUUGUUUUUUUCUGAAUCAUAUAACUGUGUAAAAGUAGCUAACGAAGACAAUUGAGUAGAACAGCUAACGCUAUAUUAACUCUAUUAAAAUUGACUAAAAUGUAAAAUGGAAUAUUAGAUAUGAAUAAUUAAAGAAACCUUAAUUUUAAGUCUGCACAUUAUAAUAAUAAAUAAAGAGUGAUUUGAGGAUGCAUUUACUAUUUUGAAGACAUUGGUUUGCGUUGAUUGAAAAUAUCGGAUAUUUUACAUAUUUUCGAAAAUUGCACUCACAUGACAUAUUUUUUUCUCUCCUGUAAAGUAGCGUAUGUGAAUCACGUUAGUUUAGCUCUGAGGUACAGAUUUGUAAUUUAUGAGCUAUAAAAUUACUAUCGGAUUUGCUUGUAAGGAAUUUUACAAAAAGAUUUAAAACAAAAAAGACUUUCUAAAAAAGUCCUAGCCAAUGCAAUAAACAAGUAAAUAUUGUUCAAAAUUCAAUUCCUCAUUUCUUGCUGAAGUAACUUCAAAAGAUUAACGUUUACAAAAUAAAUUGUUUAAAUGUAUCUGCUUGCGUCAUGUAUCAUUUAUUAUUCCUGGUUUAGGCUGAUAAUUAGUAAUCAUUUAUCCAUAGCAUUGAGAAUAAACUACCUUCUAAAACACUCUGAA